CGGGGAUUGUCUCUUGCUGCACAGCCCAACCCCAGCCUGGGAGGAAGUUCUGCCGAGCGCUCUCCGCCGGUUAUAUUGUUGAACAGGAAACAGGGCACCGCGGGAGCAGGGCCGUGGAACAGGCAGCACCGGACGCGGACCCCACGCGCGGCUGCCGGGACAAGUGGAAGCUAGGCCAGCGGGCGAAAGUUCUGAGUGAUGGUAGAGACCUCACCUGCAACCCUCCGCCAGCCCCGCCCAUUCAGUCCAUGGGCAGCCUGAGACCCUCCCAGCUAACUCCCUGCAGGUCUUUGAGCCAAGGUUCCCUGGAGAGUAAAGUUGAACUCCUAUCAUCCUCAAUUUCCUCACCACGGGAUCGCAGCGAGACCCACAUCUCACAAUCAACGUCACAGAAUGGAGCCUUAAGAUCGGGAGCUUUGGAGAUGAUUUUAUCCAAAUCCCCAUUUCAGAGAUGGAAAAACUGAAGCCCGAAUGCACUGGGCAAGGGCAGGAGAGGGACUCGAACCCUUUUCUUUGAGCUGCAGGCGCGGUGCUCUUCUCGGCUGCGCGGUCCUGACUUCGGCAGCUCCUUUUCUUGUUGCCCGCAAAAAAGCGCGGUGGCCGCGAUGGCGGCAGACGUCGAAGGGGACGUGUACGUGCUGGUGGAGCACCCCUUCGAGUACACCGGCAAAGACGGGCGCCGUAUCGCCAUCCAGCCCAACGAGCGUUAUCGACUGCUGCGCCGCAGUACCGAGCACUGGUGGCACGUGCGGCGCGAGCCUGGGGGUCGCCCCUUCUACCUCCCCGCGCAGUACGUGCGCGAGCUGCCCGCACUCGGUGACCCUGCCCCAGCCCCGCAGCCUUCCGUGCCGCAGCCGCGCCCCGCAGUCCCGGAGCCUCUGACCUACGACUACCGCUUCGUGAGCACCCCGGUGGGUGCCGAUGGAUCCUCCACCGAGCCCCGGGGACGUGCCAGCUCCCUGUGUGGCCCUGCGCGACAGCGCGCCGGAGGACAGCCCAGCAGCCUGGCGCCGGGAGGGCCCGCUUGCCUG